AUGUCACUGAAACCCGAUGAGUGUAACUUGCCGGAAGUCCGUCAAACUGGCACAAUUAUUGUCUCAGCUACCAUUUCCAAUGACUACGAUGUCAUCGAAAAAGAUAAAACACGAUUCGACUUCUAUAGAUACCCCAUACUUCACCGGCCUCCACACGGACUACAGCUCUACAAGGGCUCUGUUCACGUCGCACUGUCCUGGGCUUUCGUCGAUUUUAUCUUCACGGAUCCAAGAGUACGUGACCUUCUGGACUUUCUCCCACAUGUUGGCGUGCCGGACGAGGCCUUCUUCUCUACAGUGAAUCACAAUGCACUUCUUAACGCGCCCGGCGGUUUCCCCUGUUAG